GACGAAGUGGGCUGAAGACGUCGGGCCGGUCACCAUGGAAACGCAACGUGAAUCUAUGACCUGUCAGUGAACAGCGUUGACGGAGGUGAUGGAGUUCCCCCAGCAUUCCCAGCAGCUGCUGUCAGCUCUGCGUUCCCAGCGCCAGCGGGGCUUCCUCUGUGACUGCACCGUUGUGGUGGGCUCAUCCAGUUUCCUGGCUCACAGGGCUGUUUUGGCUUCCUGCUCGCCUUUCUUCCACAUGUUCUACUCAGACUCUCCAGGGGGCCUCGGUGGAAACGGCACCAGCAGCUCGGUCACACUCGACAGCGACAUUGUCACGUCUGCUGCAUUUGGCUUGCUCUUGGACUUUGUCUAUGAAGGUGUGCUGCAGCUGGGCGAGUCUCCACCAGUGGAGGACAUAUUGGCAGCUGCAAGUUUUCUGCACAUGAACGAAGUGGUGAGAGUCUGCAAGAGACGACUACAGAGACGAGGGCCUCUUGCUGAGGCAGACAGCACUCGCUCUGAAGAGAGCGCUGGUGCCAGGAGGGCAAUAGAGACGGGGAGGGAGGGUGGGGGUGACGGUGGAGCUGAGCCUUUGGUGGCCAUGGCAGGUGAUCUCAUGAAUCCAGUUGCCAUAGCAGCACCAUUCCCAUCAGUAUCCACAAUGACGGGGAAAAGUCAGUUAGAGUCUGUGAAGUCUGAGCGGAGGACUGGUGGGGGCUCAUCAGAAGCACGAUUUCAGACUCCUCUGAGCCCUGACCUCGCUGAUACCACGCAGCCAGGCAUGGACGCCCCUCCUCUGCCCCCAGGCGGAGAGCUGGUGCAGGGCGUCAUCACAGGCCGGUCUGCCCCUGUUGCGGGAGGUCACGCCAGGUUUGGGACUGGAGGUCAUGGAGAGGUGUCAGCACUCUGCAGCCCUUGCAGCACCACUGAGACAUACAGCUAUUGCAGUAACCAGCAGCCCUCCUCGUCUUCUUCCUCCCUGGUUCCAGUGAGCCAGGCUAGUGGUCGGUCAGUGGUUGCUUAUUCCCAGUCAGGAUCCACCCUCUCCCAUAGCCCACAGCAAGACGUACCCCGACUGCCACGUGAUGACUCUGUAAGGAAACCCUCAGAGGCUGACCUCCGAGGUAAGUCAGGUUCAGGACAACAGAUGGUCAUGUUAAUCCAAGCAUCAGCACUAACAUCACAAAACCCGACACACUCGCCACCACAGCGUGCACUUCCCCAGAUCAGAAUCCAGAACGCUGUGUCGCUGCAAUGCCAAAGCUUGGACUUCCUGUCUGCCCCUCAGACUCAAACCCUCAAGGGACCUAAGGGGAAUAUGGGAGCUUCGCCCACCACUAGAAAUGACAGAUCUCAUCCUCCUAUGGGUAGAGUGAGGACAGACUACAAUGAUGGAGAGAAUUUGAAAGUCAAAGUGGAGGCCAUUGUUAUAUCUGACGAAGAGCUAGAGGAGGAGAAAGAGGAAAGCAGAGAGACAGUGAUGGAAGUAGACGAUGAGUUUGAAGAAGAUGAGGAGCUGCAUAGUCCUCACUUUCUUUCCUCACACCAACAGGGUCUCUUACAAAUGACCUCCAAUUCAAAUGACUACUCCUUCCCCCUCUCUCCCUCCUCUUCGUCCUCCGGUGCCGGCCCUUCCUCCCAAGACACUUCCUCCUUCGCCCUCAUGCCGUCGUCCACAGCUCAGCAGCAUUCAGACCCUCCUGCCUACUUCCAGGACUUUCAGGACUCAAUAGGGAACUUUGUAGAGGACGUCCCCACGUGUGGAGUCUGUGGAAAGACUUUCUCAUGUACAUACACGCUAAGGCGGCACGCCAUUGUGCACACACGCGAACGUCCUUAUGAGUGUCGCUACUGCUACCGGAGCUACACACAGUCAGGCGACCUGUACAGACACAUACGAAAAGCUCAUGACCAGACGCUGCCCGCCAAACGCAGCAAGGCAGACAUGGAGCCCUCCCUACCACCACAACCCCCACCGCUUAGCUAACACACACACAAACACACACACUAUUUUAUUUCUAUACUUUUGCACACAUACCUAAAUUAAUAUAAUAGCUUAACUCUAAUUUCACAUUUUAACCAAAAUCUAGAAGAGCUUGAACUAACGAUUUUAUGUUGAUUAUUCUGUUGAUUAUUCAAAAGUUAGUUU